GAGACGCCAGAACGCGUUCUCCAGGCACUGCUUAUAGUGGAAGUUGAGUUGGACGCGACUUCAGGUCUCAACUCUCAAGCAGGAUCUCGUCUUGGUAACUUUCUCCCAGCAUCAAUUUUACUGCUUUUACCUAUCACCGAUUCCACCUCGACUUCCUGCUCUUUCCCGUCCCGUCUUGGUUGAAAAUCAUCAAUUACUUACCUCUCGAAGAGUAUUCACAUGCAUCAUUUUCUUGUCUUCACAGCAUGAUACCCCCAGACUACUCUUCUCUGCUGUCUCUCUUCCCUUUGCUCUGAGCGACGACGCUGUGGUAUUUUGCCCUCCCGUUCGAAGCUUGAAAAUUGUCUAUGGGUCUUGACUGACCGUGAAAAAUUCAAGGGUUCAUACCAUGGCCGAGACUGCAUCUCCAGUAGUCAUGGUUGCAACUCCGGCUCACCGACCCCUACACCCUUUCUUCACACCAAACCGAAUGACCCCGCAUGCCCUCGAAAGUGAGGCUGCCGAAUCCUCCCCUAUAUCGACUCCGAUCACCGCGGAGGACAACAGUAAAACAGAAGAUGAUACGGCGGUGAAUCAUGCCCUCGAAAGUGGCGGCAAAAAGAGACGCAAUGUGAACAGCAGUGACGCACUGGAAGCCGAGGAGCCGCAGAAACAAAAGGCAAACAAACGGGCGAGGGUCUCUGGGGCUAGUAUCAUUGCCAGUCUCUUCACCAAAGUCAAGCAAAGCGAACCAUGUCCAACAGAUACGCCAGAGCUUGUGGGUAAGCAUGAGGGUUCGUCUGCAACGCAACCAAGCAGUAACGACACCUCCAGCACUGCCGCUUCAACAGAACCCUCAGCGCCAGGAAAAACUGCACCGAAGCCCAAAAAACUCUUGCUUCUUGAUCCCAAGACUGGAACAAUCGGCCCUCCCCCAGUACCCAAGGCGACACCAACUGUGCAGGGAACUGUUGCGGCGGGUGAAAAACAGGCCCCCAAGAAACGUGGCAGGAAGCCAAAGGCAAUGGUAGUGUGCAUCAAAUAUGGAACAGACAUGGAAACUCGGACUCGAAUUGGCACGCGCAUCAAUUCUAUACUGUCAGCCACACCUGCACAGCCGGCAGUUGAAUCUGAAUCCCCGCAGGCAUCUGGCACAAAGAAGACAUACCCCACGGCUCCAAAGACAGCAGCUCCAACAUCAUCCAAAUCGACACAUCCAUUCUUUCUCGGCAAGGCCAAAAAGCAGGAGGCGGUGCCCGAAGAUGUCAAGCCCAGUGAACCGACCUCGCCCCGGCCUACCAAGACCAAGUCAAAAAUAUUCGGCUCAACGCCUUUCUCCCCUAAGAAGCCACGGACCGCGCAGGUGCACAAAGCCCCCCUACCUCAGUUCGGCGUCAAGAACCUGGGCCUCAAAUUCCCGGGGGCCAAGCAGCCAGCAUGGCCGUGGCAGGGGAUGGUGCAUAUUCGAGGCGACGAGGACGAGCCUGAGGCGAUCGGAAGACCAGAGACCCAGGUGGCAGAGGACAAUCUGUGUUUAUUGGCAGCUCGGAAGUCAAAGGGCCUUUCUGUCAAGGUGCCCCUUGCUGAGUCAGUGUUGGCCCUCACAGCCAUGACCUUGAACAUAGAAUCCCUUGUCAAAGACAUUCGCAAUAUCAAUACGGAUGUAGUCGUCCCUCCUCCUCCGGAGCUGCGACUUCCUCAGAAACAUUUUGAGAGUGGAAGUAAGCUUCAGGCACGUAUCCUUCCGGAGCUCAAAACUUUCCAGACAUCUGCACCAGGCAAGAACGGGACUCAGCGUACACUCUUUACUAAAGACACGGGUGGAAAAGCUCAGCCACCAGCUCAGCUCUCCCUUCUUUUUGCGUCAAUCUCUUCCUCUCUUUCUGCAUUCGACCAGUCCCAGUGUGAGACGGUCAAUUGGGUCCAAAAGUACGCCCCCACAUGCGCUGCCGAGGUUCUCCAGCCUGGCCAAGAGGCUUUUCUCCUGAAGGAAUGGCUGCAAGCACUGGUGGUUCAGUCGGUUGACACAGGGUCAAAAGAUGACAAAGUCAGUCCACGGUCCAAGGCGAAGCAUGGGAAGAAGAAGCGACGCAGAAGGCUCGACGGGUUCAUCGUUUCUAGUGACAACGAGGACUAUGGGCUGGAUGACUUCUCUGGCGACGAAGCAGACUGGACCGCUAGUGGCGCCAGGGGCAUCUUGAGAAAGACGGUCAUCCGGUCUCUGAGUUUGAGCAAGGGCGAAAAGAUGGCCAAUGCACUUAUCAUCAGCGGUCCCCCGGGCUGUGGCAAAACGACCAUGGUUCAUGCAGUUGCAAAUGAGCUGAACUUUGAAAUCUUUGAGAUCAAUUCCAGCACGAGACGAGCUGGAAAGGACGUACUCGCCAAGAUUGGUGACAUGACCAGAAAUCAUCAUGUCCGGCAGCAUGAGUCCAGUACCCCGGGAGACAACAAUGACGCCAAGGGUGAGGACGAAACUGCAGCCGAUAUAAAGUCGGGCAAGCAGUCUACCAUGGCUUCAUUCUUCAAACCAAAUCCGGUGGUGGCUGCAAAACCAAAAUCAUCAACAGUCGCGUCAGGCGAGACAGCAGCACCAACAGAUGUCAAGAAGGGUUCUUCUAGAAGCCAAAGGCAGUCCUUGAUUCUGCUGGAGGAGGUUGAUGUUCUUUAUGAUGAGGACAAGCAGUUUUGGUCAACAGUGGUUGACCUUAUCACACAAUCCCGACGCCCCUUCAUCAUUACGUGCAAUGAUGAGACUCUGGUUCCUUUACACACCUUGAGGAUGCAUGGCAUCUUCCGGCUCAGCCCACCCCCGAGAGAUCUUGCCAUUGAUCGUCUCAUUCUUAUUGCAGCAAAUGAGGGUCAUGCGCUUGCCCGCCAGGCUGUCGAGACACUCUACGACUCACGAGAUUGCGACAUCCGUGCGGCCACAAUGGACCUCCAAUACUGGUGUCAGAUGGGAGUUGGUGACCGCAGAGGAGGGUUUGACUGGUUUUAUCCUCGCUGGCCAAAAGGGGUGGACCUUGACGAGAACCAGGAGGUAGUUCGGGUCGUCAGUGAGGGCACCUACCAGCCAGGCAUGAACCUGUUGGCGAGGGACAGCAUUGUCAGUGACAAGACAACACCCCUGCAGGCAGAGGAGGAACUUGUUGAGCAAGCUUGGGAGAGUUGGGGCGUUGAUCUCGGGAACUGGGAGGACACGCUUCGUCUUGGUACUUGGGCGGAAAAGAUCAAUCCUGUCAGCGCAACCCCCGCUGGGCGGCUUGGUGCUCUUGAGGCCUUUGGUGAGAUGACAGAGGCCUUGAGCGUGGCUGACAUCUGCUCACUGGGGUCAUUCGCCACGCACAAAGAGGAGACAAUGGAUGCCACACUGCCCGGGCUCUCCGAAAAGGCCCAGGGCGACUUUGUCCAGGGGCUUUCUCAUCUUGAUUCGCCCUGUACCACUCACUAUGACUCCCUCGUAACUUCCUUGCCAUUGACGAUCAAGUCUCUUGGCAAGGCCUCUCUCAAAAAAAGGAUAGAGGCGCUACAGGAUCAGUCGGCCGACGAGUUUUGCCCUCUAACCGAAUCACAAGCGGUUCAGUGUCUUCAAACGAGCUUCACGUCUCCCACACCAGGAUCGAUGGCUAUCACGCGCAUGGACUUUGCGUUUGCCUUUGACAAUAUCGCAACCCCAGAGUCGUCCUCCGCCAUCCCGGCAUCCUAUCUCGACCCAUCUGUGUUUGACAGAACGCUGAAACUCAUCGUCCUCGACGUGGCCCCAUAUGUCCGUGGCAUUGUGGCCUAUGAGCAAUCCCUCCAGAAGCAGAGACUGAAGAUGAGCAGUCUUCUUAGCGAAGGCGGGAAAGGAACUCAAGGCACGAAGCGGAUGCGGACGACAAGAGCUGCUUUGUCUGCAAUGGAGGGUGGAUCGAGGAGCAACAAACGGGGUGAGAGGUGGUUUAAAGCCGAGUUGAACCCUUAUUUGGUAGCCAGGACAGGCGGGAGGGGGUGGAACCCCGGGCUGGAUCUUGACGAGCUUCCAAUUCCGCCAAGUCCGCUGAAGAGGAGUCCGAUGAAGAGCUCUGCCGGGGAAGGGACGUCUCCCGAAGCAUCUCCAGUCAAGCCGAAGAAGGCCGUGGGGAAACGGGGUAGAAAGCCCAAAGUCCAGAAAAUUGUUGUAGAUGAGGAGGACACGGCAGGUGAAGUAUGAGCAGCUCCAAGAGUGUUCUAGAACAUGCUCAUGCAGUUCUCAGCAACACGUAAUAUUAUUUUUUUGAAACACGGAUUUAAGGGAUUUGGUAUAUGCGGACGCUUCUGAUUGUCGCCGACAUGGAUGGGACACAUCUAGGUAGCAAGCAUUCGCAUCUUAUAUGGCACAGACAAACAUCAUAUCGCAAACGGAUCAACAGAGGAGGGGGGGGCAUAAGCAAGUAGAUGGCGUAAAAUGGACACGAAAGGCAAAUGAUCAAUGACUACCUGAUUAGCUAGAUAUUAGACUGUUGAGACGUGAGAAGCAGGCAGCAAUCAGUAACAUCACCGAUAAUCCCAGUCAAAUGCCCUGUUCCUCCCAGCCUCCAGGUCAACAGACGCCCUUCUGCUUCCUGCUGAUGGCGCAUCCCGGUACACAUACACAACCGCUUCUCUCGGAGCCCUCGGGGCUACAACCUCUUCAUCAUAGUAUGGCCUCCUCUGCAACUCCCUACCCCUCAUGCUUUCUGGCCUGGCAAGCAAGGGCGGUCCAGCUCGGGGCUCUUCAAUCAGGUAUCUCGGCCUGCUCAACUCCCUCCCAGAAACAUAACUUCGCGGAGGUGGCGGGGGGUCGUGACUAUCUUUAUUUCGGCUGGCCGCUGGACCGAUGGCCGGUGUCAUGUAAUAUUCCUCGUUCGCAACAGAGGAGGCGCGACGGGGAGGAAGGGAUCGGUCCCGAGAGGGCGCAACGUCAGAAGACCUCUGGUAUACUCUCUGUCGUCGUCGUUGUAGUAACCCCUCGGAUCGAUUCUUCCCCGGGGGGCGGCACCUCUCAGGCUUCCUCUUCUACUUCCGGGGUUGCUGUACACCUCCCCCUCCUCUUGUUCUUCAUACACUUCCCUCCUGUGGGAUACCGGAGGUGGCCCUUUAUAGCCAUACCCACCCCUUCUCGCCUCCCUGCCGUCGUGCGCCGGUGGUCGGGGACUGUAACUCUUAACUUCCCUCUCGUUCACCUUGCCCCUCUUGGCGGCCGUUGCGGCCUGCAAUUUCUCCCUGGCCCUUCUCUCGUAUUUGGACAGCUCCCAGUCUUCCUUGUCGCCGUAGACGUAACCUUUAGGCCAGUAUUUGUGUGCGAGGAAGGAGGCCGCGGCUAUGGAGCCUAGGAAGACGUAGGGGAUCUUGUGGCCUCCUUCUUCGUGGUUGUCGGAGGAGUGGCUGUGUUUGGACUUGGAAGAAGAAGAGGAGGAGAGUGAGGAUUUGGUUGACUUGGAACGGGAGCGCGAGGAGUGUGAGGAGGGGUAGGGUGGGUAGGAAUCUGGGUCCGGGAGGGCUAGGGGCGGUGAUGGCGGAGGUGAUGGAGAAGGGAUGGCAGGUGGGGGGGUCGGGGGAGGUGUGUAAUAGACUGGCAUCGUUGACCUUGCGAGUUAUCAAGAGGCGUGACUCGGGGAGUCGUCGGAGGGCGUGUCGGAGGGUGUGUCGGCGUGGUGAUUGAUGUCGGUAAAGAACCGAUGCACAUAGCCAAAGAGAAGACAAAGACGAGAAAGAACAAAAUCUAAAAGACGAAAAGUAAAAAAGAGAAAACAGCAGGAGCAGAGGUUUAAGUUUGUCUCUGCACCCUUCCAACCAAGGCCGCCCGGAUUGGCG